AUGAGGCACACAGAUGCAAGGGUAGUGAUCUUCCAACUUAGAUACUCAAUAAAAUGUCAAUACAACUCACAGCUGCAGAUGCUGCACGAAUCUCUCUAUAAGCAUCAACUUCAUCAGGAAAAGCUUGCUCCAGUUCUUCAAGAAGAUAAGGGGGAGUUGAGAGGCCACGUUGUAGGAGGAUACGGUGAGGUACAGCUGGUGAAGGAUGCCGAGAUCAAGUUCUGCUUGGGAUCGUCGAUUGAGGCCGCGGCAGUGGUUGCCGAGGAAUCCAUCGGCGAUUGGUCGGUUGACUGUGAGGUCAUGAUGCUGUUGCUGCCGGCUGCCGCCUGUGAGGAAUCCAUGCUUCUCGAGCCAGAG